GGGCGUCGCGGUGGCUAUCCGGGCUGGGUCCACCGCACAAGCUAAGGGUCCCGAGCGGGACGCGAAGGGCGAUGCUGCGGACCCCGGCAUCUCCCCGCGGCCACCGGGAGCGGACGCCGACCGCGUCCCCGACCCCGCGACUCAUCCGUUGGUUCGUUUUCCUGCGAGUGGGAUUCUUCCCCCGAGUUCCCUAGCCAGUCUCAAGUCACCAGGGUUGUGCUCACUCUUGGAGCCGGGUCAUCACUCCAACCUUCCCCUUAUCAAGACUGCUCUCCUGUCCACCCUGUUCGCGGCGGUUCUAUGCGCGAUUCUUGACACUGGAGUAUUAUUUGGAAGGCACUAUGCUAAUGUUGGUUGGGUGGUGCACAAAUACGAAACUUUUUUAAUUUAAGAGGGUUGGGGUGUGUGUAGGAGAUGCGACAAUGUGUGUGAUGUCACGCUGUCCCUUUUUCGGGCCUAGUUCGAAAGACUUGACCCUUUGGAGCAGGGCCAGUUGGCCUCUAUAGUUGACCUCUAUGGGGUGGUCGUGGUGUAGCUUAAGUCCCCUGGAAUUCCAAAAGGCCCUAGGAAUCGCUUUACCCUGCUUUCCCUUUUUUGCAGGAGUCCCAGUCACCCCUGUGCAGAUGGCCGUCAGACCACUGUUUGAACAUUUCAGGGCCACUUGCCUUUCGGUUAUAGCUAAGAAAGGGCUAAAAAUUUUCAGAAGAAACCCAUAUUCAGGAAAUUAUUGGAAAAGCUCCAUCAAUAAGAAAACAACAAAAAAAGCAACCCAGCAGUAAACGUGAUUGCAGUGUGCUCUUUGACCCCUAAUUAUAAGCAACGUGAUCAGUUGCCAGUAGGAUAUAAACAAUGUGAUCAGUUUAGAACCAGUUGCAUUUCUUCUCCUUACUCUUAACAGCUAUUUCACAUGUUCUUUUAGAUUUUAGAGUUUCCCAAUAACACUCUACAUUCUAAAAGUGUCUCAUUUUGUUUUCUGAGGUGGCUCUGAUCCAUUCCUACCUCAAGAUAUUUUCUUUAGUCCUUUUUGGUCUUAAAAAUGAUAUCCCCUCCCCAAUUUGCUUGAAAUCUAGCCUACUACACUUGUGCUCUGGGUAUCUUGCUUUGUUACUCUGUUAACAGGUUUAUAGUUUGUGAUGUAGUUGACCUGAUCAUAAUUCACUAUUUUUGAAAUGGCCCUCAAAAGACAGAUGUGAUAAACUGUUACAGCUGUCUUUGAUUUCUUCAUUUGAUGUAAUCACAAAAGUAUUUUUUUGGGAAUUCUAAUCUGUCAAUGCUUUCUCCAGUCUCAUAUGAACAGGUGUUUAGAGGAGGCUAUGGAACUGCAAGGAGGUAAGGACAGGUAGAUGGUAGCUAUUAAAAUGUAGAUCCCCUUUGAGAAAGACAAACCUGUGGGUCAAUGGCAGUUCAGUCUGAACUCCAUUAAAAAUAAUUCUGUUUCUAACAGUCAACAGCAUUGAGAGUAUGGAACUUUUCUUUUGAAGGAGGAUGCAGGGAGACCUGUCAGGGUAGAUUUCUGAUGUAAGGUUUAUGAGGGCCUGCAGGCCUGGAUUGAAGCUGAGGGGAGAGGCAUAAUCACUGAAGGCUUUCCUUCACAUUUCACCUAGGACUCUGAGACCCUGAGAAUACGUACAAGAAGCCCGCUGAGAUUGUUACAAAUGUAGUAAACCUUGGCCUUCACAGUUGUCAAUUUUCCUCCCCACGCCAAGCUGGUCCACUUCUGGUCAGCCCCCUGCCUAAUUCACCUGGGCCUUUCCCUCCUUAAGGGUGGAAUGGUGAGAGUGGAAAGAGAUGUUUACAUGCCAACCGCUCUAUUUCUGUAUGUAUAAUGCUCAAGGUUAUUGGACUGUAACCCCAUUCUCAGUUAAUUAUUGUUUACUGUAAGUUGCCAUUCUUCAGAAAGGGACCCAAGAAGAUCAAAGGAUGCAAAGUUUAGGCACCUGUCAGAGUUGCAAAUUGAGGGAAAGGGGGCUGGGAUCUUGGCUCAACCGUUACUUGCUAAGUAACCUUGGACAUAUUAACCUCUCUAAAACUUCAGUUUUCUUGUCAUAUUAAUGACUUUUUAGGACUGCUGUGAGGAUUAAAUAAAGCAAUCUGUGGAUAGCACUCAGUCAAUUUUGGUAUAUGGUAAACUCAGUCUGUGUGUUAGGAAUUAUUACCAGAAGGGAAAUGGUGCAGAACAAGGCAGAUUUUGCAUGCAGACUUCAUACUUGCAUUCUGAGAGUAAUCAAGUCAGAGGAUUAUAUGACUUUUAUCUGCCUAGAGAAGAAAUAUGGAUCUACAACAUGGAGACUGGAAGAUGGAAGAAAAUUAACACUGAAGGUGAUGUUCCUCCUUCUAUGUCUGGGAGCUGUGCUGUGUGUGUAGAUAGAGUACUGUACUUGUUUGGAGGACACCAUUCAAGAGGCAAUACAAAUAAGUUCUACAUGCUGGAUUCAAGGUCUACAGACAGAGUGUUACAAUGGGAAAGAAUUGAUUGCCAAGGAAUUCCUCCAUCAUCAAAGGACAAACUUGGUGUCUGGGUAUAUAAAAACAAGUUAAUAUUUUUUGGAGGGUAUGGAUAUUUACCUGAAGAUAAAGUACUGGGAACUUUUGAAUUUGAUGAAACAUCAUUUUGGAAUUCAAGUCAUCCAAGAGGAUGGAAUGAUCAUGUACAUAUUUUAGACACUGAAACAUAUACCUGGAGCCAGCCUAUUACUACCGUCACUUACUUAUUAAAUUGGAUUUGUGGCUUUUUAAAGGGUAAAGCACCCUCACCUCGUGCUGCCCACGCCUGUGCAACUGUUGGAAACAAAGGCUUUGUGUUUGGAGGCAGGUAUCGAGAUGCUCGAAUGAAUGACCUUCACCAUCUUAAUCUGGAUACGUGGGAAUGGAAUGAAUUAAUUCCACAAGGCAUAUGCCCAGUUGGCCGUUCUUGGCACUCGCUAACACCAGUUUCUUCAGAUCAUCUUUUUCUCUUUGGAGGAUUUACCACUGAUAAACAGCCACUAAGUGAUGCCUGGACUUACUGCAUCAGUAAAAAUGAAUGGAUCAAGUUUAAUCAUCCCUAUACUGAAAAACCAAGGUUAUGGCAUACAGCUUGUGCCAGUGAUGAAGGAGAAGUAAUUGUUUUCGGUGGAUGUGCCAACAACCUACUUGUCCAUCACAGAGCUGCACACAGCAAUGAAAUACUGAUAUUUUCAGUUCAACCAAAAUCUCUUGUACGGCUAAGUUUAGAAGCGGUCAUUUGCUUUAAAGAAAUGUUAGCCAAUUCAUGGAACUGCCUUCCAAAACACUUACUUCACAGUGUUAAUCAGAGGUUUGGUAGUAACAAUACUUCUGGAUCUUAAGGCUUCAUAGAUAAUACCUUUGAUCACAUUGCAUGGACAGCAAUUCUGUAAACAUCACAGAUCGGGCAGAACGGGACCGUUUGUAUUAUUAUAUGCGUUGUUGUAAUCCCUAACUUUUUAAUUUUAAUGUGCAUAUUUUAAUUUUAAUGUGAAUAGCCUAGAGAACCUAUUUUUGUGUCUGAAGAUGCUUGCAAUAAAUGUAUUUACCAGUAA